AAGAAACGCCAUGUACUGUAUAUAAUGUAGUGAUGUCCCUGGCCAUGCCAUCUUGACAGCUCGACGAUCUUCCCAAUCAAAAGCCUGCCAAUCCCCAAUACACCCCAAAGCGUACCGCACAUCCUUCUUGCAUCUGACAACCCGAAAUGGGAGACCAAGACCACUCCUGUUGCAGCAGCAUCCCAAAACAAGUCAUCUCCGGCGGCGACGGCGUCGUCCCAGGUGACCCAGUCUCUCUCGACACAAAAGUCCUCGGCCUGGGUGCCGCGGCUGUGCAGAAUUUCAAACCGUUGAAGCAGAUCUGUCGCCAUAUUGUUGGGUACCACUGCUAUAGUCAUGAUAUCAACCGGCAGGUGGAGGCGCAUCAUUUAUGUUCGCAUCUCUCAGAAGACGUGUGCCAGUGCGUGAUCUACGACUCCGCCGAAGCCGACGCAAGACUCAUUGGCGUGGAGUACAUCAUCUCCGCUCGGCUCUACAAUGACCUUCCGGAAGAAGAGCGAGAAUACUGGCAUUCACAUGUCUAUGAAGUAAAAGGCGGCAUCAUCAGCCUCCCCAUGCUCUCCCUCAUCCCGCGCUCAAUGCACAAAGAAAUCGAAAACCACGAACUCUCAAAGAUCGUCAACACUUGGGGGAAGACAUGGCACCUCUGGCAGGUCGACCGCGGCGACAUCCUCCCCUUCGGCCCGCCUUCUCUCAUGACCUCCUUCACGCGCCCCGGCCAAAUCGACCCAGAACUGCUCGAGGCGCGGGACGAACGCGAGGGCGUGUCGACGGCGGAUCUGAUAGAAAGGAGGAAGGAGAUUGCGGCGGAUGCGCAGGCGGGGAAUGCGCAGGAACGGUUGUAUGGGGAGGGAGUGGCGCUGCAGGCGAGGGUGGAGCGGGUUACGUUGCAGAAGUGAGUGAGGGGGUGUGGGCGGGGCCAGCUGGAUGUGAUAUAUUGUUUUUUUUUGGUUCGUGUGGAUGGUGGUCUGCAUGUAUUGUUGAUUUAUACCUGGAGAAAGGCGAGACAAAGAGUUAAAAUCCGAGUAAAGGGGAAGAUUAGUGGGGCAUGAAGCAAUGCCAAAGAGAAGAACAGAAUAGUUGUCUUGCCCCAUACGACCAACGAGACUCGGGAAGAAGAAGAAGAGAAAGGUUGGGUCUUUUAUUGGGACGCGUGGAAACUUGGAACGCGUUGGAAGUGGCAACGAGUCCGAAACGAGUCCGAAAGGCGUCCGAAAGUCCCGCAUGUGGGGGG